AUGCUCUGCAAGGUCUCCCCGAUAUUCGCAGAUAUGUUCGCUCUUCCCCCGUCCGACGCGAAUGAGUUUUGUGAUGGAGUACCUGUCGUCCGGAUGCCUGACGGUGCCGAAGAGCUGGAGGCUUUGCUGAUGUUUCUUUACCACGAGAGAAGUCUGCAUCUUACACGCCUGGACCCAAACACGCCAGCCCUCGUUCGACCCGUCCUGUCUAUUGCAACUAAAUACGAGAUCGAUACCGUGAGGAUUCAUGUUGUUGACCGCCUCAUGGAGGAUUGGCCGACACGACAAAAAGGAUGGUAUGAUAAACACAACACGUACAUUGACGACCACCUCCCGGAACCAGCGUCAGCGAUUCAGCUAGCCAAAACGUUCGGGAUUCCCGCUAUCCUCCCCGCCGCCUUCUACCAUCUUUCGCGACUGUCCGUUGGGUACGGCCUGGAUGGGUCCAAAUCUACCAGAGUCCAGAUGGCCGUACUCGCGGCCGGUAUGCGAACUGCUAAGUGGAAGAGUCUGCAGGCCGACGACUACUACAGUCUGCUGCACGGGCGCACGAACCUGAAGGCAAGCGCCAGCUCGUCCAUUCUGGGCUGGAAUCCCCCACACCAUGAAUUGGACUCGGAAUCGGAUUCGCCUGCGGAUGCGGAUUCGGACCACGAGAAACUGUGUUCCCUGGAAGUGAGAGACAAGCACUACGUCGAUCUUCGGCACGCAAUCUAUGAAAGCGACGAUGCAUUGCAGGUUUUGAAGACGCGUGCAGAACAGGGUCCAUUUCCACGAAAGCUUUGCUGGAGAUGUCGGAACUUUGCUCGUCUCCAACUGGCUGAACUGAGGGAGAACUUGUGGAAACGGCUCCCCAAAAUGUUCAAUAUAAUCUUCCAUCCGCCUUCCUUGCAAUCACGGGCUAUGAACUGGAAUUGGAACGAAUUUAUUCUACGUGACUUGUAG